ACCCUGCUACCCGGGUUAGCGCUAACGUUAGCAUCGUGACGCUUCUGCUAAUGAAAUCCAUGAUAAUGUCGACUCUUUCUAUUAAUGAAUGAAUCCAAAUGAAGCCUGACGCUUAAUAGUAUUGAGCAUUGUGCCAGCGUGAGGUUUAAGCAAGCAUUUGGCUAGUUUUUGUGUUUAUGACACGUAGCUAGUGAUGACUAGUUAGUUGCUAGUUUGGCUAACGAUGUUUGCAGAGCUCAACAGCAUCUUGAACGUCAGCCCGGAGCACUUCAGCAGAGGAGAGUUUGUGCUGCUGUCUGACAGGCAGAGUGAUGCCUCUUUCCUUAUUCAUCACUUCCUUGGAUUCUACCUCAGAGCGGGCUGUCAAGUGUGCUUCGUGGCCCUGGCGCAGUCGUUGAGUCACUACAGUGCGGUUAGCCAAAGACUGGGUGUGAGUCUGUCUCAGGCAAAGGAGAAAGGUCAGCUGGUGUUCCUUGAAGGCCUCAAUGAAUCCUUGUCCAUCCUCAAUCCGCAUGAUGCUAGAAAAGGAAGUGAGGCCAUGGAUUUCUUAAGGAAUCCCAGUGCAGGCUUGCAAAGUCUCGUCCAGUUUGUUUCCUCCAGUUUCAGUCAUGCCAGGAGCGCAGUGGAGGGAGCGAACGAUGGGCACGGCCCCCCCGUGCUGCUAGUGGACGACGUGAGCUUGCUGCUAAGUCUCGGUGCCACCGUGGACGCCGUGCUGGACUUCAGCCAUUACUGCCGCGCCGCCGUCUGCUCACGACUGAAGGGCAACGUGGUGAUGCUGCUGCGCUGCGACGGAGAAGACGACGUAGAAAGUGAUGACGGCUCGGAGAGGCUGCUGAGGGGUUUGACUCACCAGUGUAGCCUCGCGCUUCAUGUACGAAGUCUUCCGACGGGAUAUUGCAGGGACAUUCACGGUCAGGUGGAGGUGUUCGACAGGAGGAGACAAGCUGGCAGUCAACAGAAGAAAAAGACUUUUCAGUAUAAAGUCCACGACAGAGGAGCCUCAUUCUUCGCUCCGGGGACAUCCAGCGCUGUUCUCUAGCCACCUCUGCUAAUUUAUACAUUCAAAAUCAUACUUCUUAUUUUCUUAGAUGAUGAUAAAUUUGAGCUUUUUGUUUACUGUAAGGUACAAUUAUGUGUGUACUGAAAAAUUGUAUUAAAAUUUAAAUACAACUGAA